GCAGGGAAGGAGUUGGAGCGAUGCCAGCAGCAGGCGAACGAGGUGACGGAAAUCAUGCUCAACAACUUCGACAAGGUCCUGGAGCGAGACGGGAAGCUGUCGGAGCUGGAGCAGCGAUCAGACCAACUCCUGGACAUGAGCUCUGCCUUCAGCAAGACAACCAAGACUCUGGCCCAGAAGAAGCGCUGGGAGAACAAACGUUGGCGGAUCUACCUGGGGCUGGUGGUGGCCGCCCUUCUCCUCAUCCUCCUGAUUGUGCUGCUGGUCGUCUUUCUCCCACAGAACAGCGGGGACAGUGGGGUCCCAAAGGGAUAGGCCCAGUGUUCACAAUGGCCAGUUCUGUUCUCCAGAGAACCCUGGCACUUGCUCUCGAUGGGGCCACCCCAGUGAACACUGAAGGGCAGCUGCAUCCCCGUCGCGCACAGACUGGCCCUCGGGGGAGGCCUGCUGACCGGCCACGCCUGGCCAGCCCCACCUGGAGCUCAGUAAAAGCUGCCAUUUGGUUAAAAGCUCA